AAGGAGGCUUUGCCCCUCGGUGGCUCCUGUCGUGGUCUUGAAGAAAUGCUCUCUCCCCCGAUCGAAACGCUUUCGCGGAGAGACGCGGAAAAAUACCCGGGAGCGACGCGAUUCGUGCUGGUUUCCUUCCCGUUUAGGCUUCUGGGGUAACAGUGAAUGAUGAAGUUAUCAAGGUUUUCAAUGAUAUGAAAGUACGGAAAUCGUCAACAUCAGAAGAAAUUAAAAAAAGAAAGAAAGCAGUUCUUUUCUGUUUAAGUGCUGACAAGAAGCAAAUAAUUGUAGAAGAAGCAAAGCAGAUAUUAGUUGGUGACAUUGGUGUCACAGUCGAGGACCCUUAUGUAGCCUUUGUGAAGCUGUUACCACUGAAUGAUUGCCGAUAUGCUUUGUAUGAUGCAACAUAUGAAACAAAGGAAUCUAAAAAGGAAGAUCUAGUAUUUAUAUUCUGGGCCCCAGAAAAUGCCCCUUUAAAAUCAAAGAUGAUCUACGCAAGCUCUAAAGAUGCCAUAAAAAAGAAAUUUACAGGUAUUAAGCACGAAUGGCAGGUAAAUGGUUAUGAAGAUAUUAAAGAUCGUUCAACACUGGGAGAUAAACUAGGAGGCAAUGUGGUAGUUUCACUUGAAGGAAAACCCUUAUAAAAGGACAGGCACGUGCCAUCUGGAGCUUCCAUUUUUGCAGCUUAUUCAGUUGGAAUAAUACUAAUUCUUUUUUUGGCCCCAUCUUCCCAGAAUCCAAAUACCUAAAGGAGAUAUCAUUAACAGUCUACAAAUGACCAUCAUUAGACUAUUUUUUAAACCUGGUAGUUUUAUGUAGAAUCCAUGGAAUGCCUUCCAUAUAUUUUAGCCCAAACCGUAGGCAUUUCUUGCAAAUGUGUACAAUGAAUGUGAUAGUUGAUGUGGAUAGUCUAGCCAAGCAAAAAGAAAAGGUUUAAGUUAAUUGAUUGCCUUUAAACUCUUGUCCAAUGAUCACAUGAGACUCUAUUCAGUUUUACUUUACAGUUGCACUUGCAAUUCCAUGAGGUUCUUGUGCAUUCAGACACCUCACAUGCCUUUAUAAGCCUAUUUUUUGUGACAUGGCAGCACCUAACACUAUGCAUUUUAAGCACUUUUUGUAACAUGUUUGAUUUCUUCUUCCAUCUCCCUAGAAUGCCAAUUAAUUUAUGGAAUUGUGUCAUCAGUCUGUUGUAUCUUGGUCCUCAUUUCUGUUAAAUGAACUAACUGUAAUUGUGCCUUUUUGUUGUCCCCCCCCUCUGAAAUAUAUGCUACUGAACAAGAGUAGGAAUUGUUUACCAUGCAGAUCUUGCAACCUAUAUAUAUUUUGUGAAGCAUAAUUCAUAAUGGCAAUUUCUAUAUAAAGGAACUGUAAAUGAAAUUCUGAUUUUGAAAUCAAAUAUCAAAUCACCACGCUGCAAUAAAACCUGUAGUUUAUUACAGAAUACCCCUUUGUUUUCAUGGGAAAAUAUACAAACAUAUACAAAUGCAUUUUGUAUUACUUCCCAUCCCUCUAGUAUAUAUUCCACUUCAAUCACUAAUCUAUUACAUUGUGAUUUUGCUCUUACAAUGAUUUGAAUAUGCAACCUUCCUUCCCAAAUCUAUGAUUGCUUUAAUAUGUUUCAUUAUUAGGAAACAAUUAGUCCAGCAACUUGUCCUGUUUCAGAAACUUACAAUAAAAAUUAUUAGCUAACCUAGAGUGUUAUUUCAAGUUACUUUCCCCAGUUUUUGUGUUAUAGUAUUUCAUGUUCUACUUUUUUGUUUAGUCAUAGCGCAGCUGUUUUCCAGUUAACUUUUGUACAAAUAGGUCUGAAAGCUUUUGCUGCUACUGAGUCUUGCAUCAGGAACAUUUGGCUAAAAGCCAGACACUACACUCCAUAUAGAGAAUUUGAUCUGCUCUGUACGAGCAGUCCUCCGUUAGCCAAAGCUAUUUAUGGCGAACACAUGCUUUUGUAUCUUGUCAUCGGUUCUCCACAAAUGGCAAAACUGGACAGGGUUCUAUUGGUAUGCCUAAAGGAACUUUGUUAGGCAGCCAAUUGCUGUUGAAGUGUGCAUACCACUAGAAGGAAUGUAUUCAUCAAAGGACAAAAAUUUAAAACAGUUGCAAUUUCUUAACAGAAAAUGCCAGAGAACACAAAUAAAAUUUAAUCAGAUUUAAAAUUGUUUUAAGACCCUUUGAGGGAAGAAAUAAAAUAAGUGGAUGACAAAUAUUACUCAGUUCUACAGAUUGUUACUAUGGAACUCAGACUAUUUCAGGCUUUCAGCUGUCUCCAGCUUAUUGCCAGUGAAAUGUAUAUCUUUUAGAGUACUUACUUUAUGGUAGCAUUCAAGCUAUGCACACUAUUGACAGAUUGUAACAGUUUUGUAGCAAAAAGAAACUUAACUUAUUUAUAGGAGACUAAUAAGAAUUAAGUUUAUGAAACAUUUCUUGGAUAUAUUAUGAUGUGCACUUAAAAAGUUCUGGCUGGUAUAAAAACCUACUUUUGUUCAGUCCUUACCUAAGCCUGCAAUUUCAAAUGUUUUAAAAUGAAUGUUAAUUUUAAAAAAACUGUCUAGUUUGCAACGUUUAUCCCAUAUCCAGUAUAAAGCACUAUUUUAACUCAUUGAAUAUCUUCUACAAGUAAUAUACCGCUGCCUAUUAUGUAAAAUGGAUCUCUUCGCUCUUCAGAACUGAAUAUUGAAGAGAACAUAAACAUUUGACUCAAAUUAUGUAUUCACUUAAAAGUUCACACCAAUUUAUGUAAAACCAGAAUUGAUUUAUGUGUAUCUAAUAUGAAACCCUCCAUAAUUCAAAUUUUGUUUACAACUGAAAAACAGUGCUGAGAUUGACUUCAGUGCUUUAACUUGCUUUUUAAAAUGCUGCUACCAAUCUACUGCUUGGACAAUAAAACAAAUGAAAGACGGCUGGCACAUGUUCCCCAGGGUUCAUCAGCUGCUGUUUUCUGUCAUACAAAAAGAUGAAGGCUUCAUUGUGACUUAAACAUUGAAGAAAACUUCACAAUCUGAGCAUCUUGCAUGCUUCCCAUCACUGGUGGGCAUUAGGAAUUUGCUUCAGUUAUUUUACGGAUAAAGAAAUGUUAAAUAAAAGUUUUCAUGACUGUA